AUGGCGUCCGAGGUGGUCUGCGGGCUGAUCUUCAGAUUGCUUCUUCCAAUAUGUUUAGCAACAGCUUGCUUGUUCCGGUACAAUGGGCUAUCAUUCGUCUACCUCAUCUACCUCCUCCUUAUCCCCCUGUUUGCUGAGCCCACCAGCACAACCAUGCAGGGCCACACGGGGCGCCUGCUCAUGUCCCUGUGCUUCAGCAGUCUCAGCUUUCUGCUCUUCCACAUCAUCUAUCAGAUCACUGUCAACAGUCUACUGGCCGGGAACAACAUAGACCGCGCCUUCAACUGUUCAAGGUGGGAGAAAUCUAUACGUCAGAUUGGCUUUGAAAGUGUGAUAGGUGCAGAUGCAGGGAACGGUAUCCGUGUGUUCCUCCCUGACAUAGGGAUGUUCCUAGCAGGGCUGGCCUGCUGGCUGCUGUGUCGUAGUCUGUUUCAGAAGAGACCGCCAGAGGACAUGGCCCAGGACAACACUGACUACGAACCAGAGGGAGAGGUGAGAGGAAGAGGAGAAGUUGAGCUUGAUGACAACGUCCUGUUGGAUGAGGACUUUGAGGCUGGGUACGAGGCUGGAGAAGAGGAGGAGGAAGAGAUGGAGGAGGAAGAGGGGGAAGAUGACGAAGAGGAGGAGGAGAGCAACAAGAUGAAGAUUCUGCGUCACAUCAGGACGGCGUCCAAAGUGAAGCAGAUCAUUGGGAAUCUGAUAACCAGCGGGAAAACUGUCAGCACUAUACUGUUAGGAGUCACAGGUAUCACGCUGCCCUCCCUGACGUCGGCGGUCUAUUUCUUCGUGUUCCUGUUCCUGUGUACGUGGUGGUCGUUCUGCCGCACCUUCGACACCCUCAUCUUCAGCUGUAUGUGUGUCCUCAUGGCCAUAUUCAGCGCUGGACACCUGGUCGUCCUCUACCUCUAUCAGUUUCAGUUCUUCCAAGAGAGCAUCCCUCCAGAGGACAGCUACAUCAGUCUGUUCGGUAUCUCAUCCAUCAUCCAGACUGACUGCUCCUCCACGUGGAGGAUGAUAGUUAACCCUGAUCUGGCCUGGCACCACUUUGUUAACCCCAUUAUGCUGCUGCUGCUGUACUACACCCUGGCCACACUCAUACGCCUCUGGCUCCAGGAACCUAUAGAGGAGGAUGAAGAAGAGGAGGGAGAGGACGGAGAGGAAGAGGAGGAGAUGGUUGGGAACGGCACCAGGAACUCUGCGGACAAGAGGAGACAGCUGUGGUGGAAUGCUCACCAACGCACAGAGGAAAGAAACCUGCUUUCUACCCAGGAUGGCUACAGUACAUCUGAGGGAUUGGCUGCAAAGUCUAACGGGACGUCUUGUGACAUCUCCACCCUAAACUCGGUGGAGAAUAGACCGGUCGGUCUGGACCUGUACUCCACCCCACAGUAUAAAAUGGACCAAACCAAUAACAUUACAGCUGAGAAGAAGAAUCCAGUCCAACCGUGGGAGGUGACUGUGGAUCCCUCUGGUGAAUCCUGGGUGACAGUGUGGUUCAUUAUGAAGCAAAGCUAUAUCUGUGCUCUAGCCAUGAUGGCGUGGAGCAUCACGUAUGUUAGCUGGCUGACGUUUGUGUUCCUGAUGUGGUCGUGUAUGUUGUGGAUGGUGAGGGACUCUCGUUACACCAUGCUAACUUCUCCCUUCAUGGUGCUCUACGGGAACCUGCUCAUUGUGCUGCAGUACAUCUGGAGCUUUGAGCUGCUGGAGCUACCUGGACUCUUCCUCAAGAAGGACGUGCCCUUCAGUGAACUGGGAUCCAAGGUCCUGUGUCUGUUGAGCUUCUGGCUGCUGCUGAGACAGACUCUGACAGAGAGAAAGGACAAGCAGAGAGAGGAGGAUGCUGUGCUCACUGAUGUACAUGUGGAUGACCAACCCAAGAAGAAGGAGGAAGAGGAGGAUGAGGAGGGAGGGGAGCAGGACAUCAUGCAGGUUCUGGGGAACAUGGUGAUGGAGAUGCUGGUGAAAUACUGGAUCUAUAUCUGUGGAGGAAUGUUCUUCUUCGUCAGCUUCGAGGGACGCAUGGUCAUGUAUAAGAUCAUCUAUAUGAUGCUCUUCCUCUUCUGUGUGGCGCUCUAUCAGGUGCACUAUGAGUACUGGAGGAGGAUUCUGAAGUACUUCUGGAUGUCUGUGGUGGUCUACACCAUGCUGGUCCUCGUCCUGGUCUACACCUUCCAGUUUGAGACUUCUCUACCCUUCUGGUCCAACAUGACUGGCAUGAGCGAAGAGAAACUGAAGGACCUGGGGCUAGAACAGUUCUCCGUAUCGAUGCUCUUCACACGUAUCUUCAUCCCCACCUCCUUCCUCCUGGUGUGUAUCCUCCACCUUCACUACUUCCACGACCGCUUCCUGCUGCUCACUGACCUGAAGGCUGUGGCCCAAAAACAGGACAGCACCAUCUACAGUCAUGCUAAAGUCAAUGGUCGCGUGUAUCUGAUCAUGAACAGCAUCAAGCAACACAUUUCCUCUCCACAGAGCAAACUGGUACACCAGGAUGGAAGACUAGCUGACAUCACCAUGCUCAGCAUCUCUUCUGGAGAAGGGGAUACGAGCAGACGACAAGAAGGAGAAGAAGGAGAAGAGAAGAAGGAGAAGGGAACCCUGGUGGUGGUGAUGCAGGAGAAAGAUGGAGGGAUGAAGCAGAAAGGAGGACUCCAUCAGUCUAUAGACCUGCGUCAGUCAUUCGGAAAGUCGUUUGAGUUGCAUCAAUCGUUCUAUAAGUCGUUUGAGUCCAGUGCAGGGUCGGGGGGGAGUGGCCCCCGCAGUGUGGGAACUGAGCCAGAUCCCUCCACAGAAAACACUACCUCAGACCUAAAGAAUAAGUGGCACCUGGUGGUGGACCGUCUGACUGUGCUGUUCCUCAAGUUCCUGGAAUAUUUCCACAAGCUGCAGCUCUUCAUCUGGUGGCUCCUAGAGAUACACAUCAUCAAGAUCGUCUCUUCGUAUAUCAUACUGGUCUCUGUCAAGGAGGUGUCUUUGUUCAACUACGUGUUCCUGGCGUGCUGGGCCUUCGCUCUACCCUUCAGUCAGUUCAGACCCCUGGCCUCCAGUGUCUGUACAGUCUGGACCUGUGUUAUCAUCGUCUGUAAGAUGUUGUACCAGCUGGAAUCUAUACAACCUGCCUCUUACUCCAAGAACUGCUCCAUGCCAAUGAACUACACAGACAAACAGAGAGAAGAGAUGAAAGACUCUCUGCUGUACAAGGAGCCAGUAGACCCUUCCAACUGGGUCGGACUCAACAAAUUCAACCCUCUACUGGAGAACCUUAGGAACAACCUGCUGAUGUUGGCCAUGCUGGCGUUUGAGGUGACCAUCUACCGUCACCAGCAGUACUAUAGGCUGAGGAACAAGCUCACCACGCCCGCCGCUCGCAUCAUCUUCCAUGACAUCACGCGGCAACACCUCGACAACGGCAUCGUCAACUGUGCCAAGUACUUCAUCAACUACUUCUUCUACAAGUUCGGGCUGGAGACAUGCUUCCUACUGGCGGUGAAUGUGAUUGGCCAGCGUAUGGACUUCUAUGCUGUGCUGCAUGCCUUCUCUCUGAUAGCCCUGAUGUACAGACGAAGGAGGAAAGCUAUAGCUGAGAUCUGGCCUAAAUACUGUUGUUUCCUGGCCUGUAUUCUAACCUGGCAGUACUUUGUGUGCAUCGGGAUACCACCUGCAGCUUGUAAAGACUACCCAUGGAGGUUCCCUAACUCUGCAAUGGACUCCAAUGUCAUCAAAUGGCUUUAUUUCCCUGACUUCCACACCAACCCCAACCCAAUCUUUCUCGUCUAUGACUUCAUGCUCCUCCUCUGCGCCUCACUCCAGAGGAGUGUAUUUGAUGAGGAGAACAAGGCAGCUGUCCGUCUCAUGGCCGGAGACAACGUGGAGAUCUGCAGAGACCUAGACGCGGCCUCGUUCAGCGUUCACAACCCUGUGCCUGACUUCAUACACUGCAGGUCCUACCUGGACAUGCUGAAGGUGAUCACGUUCAGCUACCUGUUCUGGUUCGUCCUCACCAUCAUCUUCAUCACCGGCACCACGCGUAUCAGCCUCUUCUGUUUGGGCUAUCUGGUGGGAUGUUUCUACUUCCUGCUGUUCGGCGGGGAGCUGCUGCUCAAGCCAAUCAAAAAGAUCCUACACUACUGGGACUUCCUGAUCGCCUAUAACGUGUUUGUGAUCACCAUGAAGAACAUCCUAUCUAUCCUGGCCUGUGGCUACAUCAAUGUCCUGGUGGUAAAUAACUGCUGGCUGAUCCAGCUCCUCAGUCUGGCCUGCACCAUCAAGGAGUAUAAGGUCGUCACCUCACUAGCUGCGGAUGGUGGUAAGAAGUGUGACCUGCCCAGCGACGAGGCUGGGAUCAUCUGGGACAGCAUCUGUUUUGCCUUCCUGCUGUUGCAGAGACGCGUCUUCAUGAGUUACUACUUCCUACAUGUGGUGGCUGACAUCAGGGCCUCACAGAUACUGGCCUCCAGAGGGGCUGAAUUGUUCCAGGCUACUAUAGUGAAGGCAGUGAGAGCCAGACUGGAGGAAGAGAACAAGUCUAUGGAGCAGCUGAAGAGACAGAUGGACCGUAUAAAGCAGCGCCAGGAGAAGUUUAAGAGUGGGAAGAAAAAGAUGUUGAGCCUGGCCCAGGAAUCUGGGGACAGAGAGAACCCCAUCCAGCCACAGGAAUCUGGGGACAGAGAGAACCCCAUCCAGCCACAGGAGCAGGAGGAAGAGGAUGAUGGAGCAGAGCGAGAAAGAGAGAAAGAGAAAGUGAAAGAGAAAGAAACAGCCAAGACUAAAAAAAGGCAGUGGUGGCGGCCUUGGGUUGACCACGCCUCCAUGGUGAGAAGUGGAGAUUAUUACUUGUUUGAAACUGACAGUGAAGAAGAGGAGGAAGAGGAGGAGAAAAGAGAGGAUCAAGAGCUGCCCAAGAAGUCAGCGUUUCAGCGAGCUAUUGGGAAGUUUGCCUCAGCCCUUAUAGCUCUGCCCAGAUCUAUCAUUAAACUGCCCAAAACCAUCCUUCAGUAUGUAAUCAGGGCAGCCAAGUUUUUCUACCAUGCCUGGAUAACAGACUCCAAGACAGCCAUGAAGGAACGAGGCAAAGAGAAGCGUAAGUUCUGGAAGAGGUACACCAAGAGAGACAAACACAAGAAGGACAAGAAGGAAGGUCAUGUGACUAUAGAGAUGGAGGAAGAUCAGGAGGGAACACAGGAGAAGAAGUCUGACGGACCAGACAACGUCUUGAAGCGAGUGUUCAACAUCAUCAAGUUCACCUGGGUGUUGUUCCAGACAACGGUGGAGAGCUUCACCAAGUGGAUGAACAACGUGUGUAGAGAACACAUAGACAUCUCCACCGUGCUGCGCAUUGAGAGAUGCAUGCUCACUAGAGAGGUCAAAAAGGGCAACGUCCCGUCCAGAGAGAGUAUCCAUGUGUUCUACCAGAAGCAGAUGCGUAUGAGCAUGUCUCGGGGGUCCAGCCUGGACCGGCUCAGUGAGGAGGGCAGUGCGUCGGGGGGGUCUCACAGGGUCCACAGGAGGAGAGGUGACUAUCGCAUGGAGAGCCAGGACAGCAUGGCAUCGUUGGCAUCACGAGACAGCAUAUCCAGUGCCUACACUGAGGCCACCAUGCUGUUCUCCCGCCAAGACACGCUGGACGAGCUGGACGGAAUGCCGUCAGACGUUCCCAUUCCCAAAACCAGUGAACGUGCCCGGCCAAAACUCCGUAAGAUUUACGGCCUGGACGCCUCCAAAUCAACUGACAGCAGCAGCAGCCAAGUGUCCAGUGAAACGACCCAGUGCAUCACUCUGUACUCCCGGCAGGGCACCACCGACACCAUUGAGGAGGUGGAGGACGAACAGGACCAGGGGGAAAACAGGCUGCACGGACCCUGGGAACACCCACCUCCGGAGGGGUCAGAGGGGGCUGAAGACAGCCCCUGGCGGGGUGGAGGAGAUGGUGGUGAUGGAGAGACCACAGAGGAGAGGGAGCGGUACCAGGGCCAAGGGGAUCCAUGGGGGUCUCCAGGCCCAGGGGAGGGCCCCUCCUUCAGGGUAGAGGAAGGAGCCUCAACCCUCCUGGCCCUCCGAGAAGGGUCCAGACCAGGGUCCCAGGACUGUACCACUGACAGUGACGACGGGGGUGUCCAGGACCGGAAAGAAUACUUGAAUAGGGAAGAGCGUGACCGGGCGGGGUUGCUGUACACCCCAGACACGGACGCUCCAAACACCUCGGAUGCUGAUGUGCCUCCCAGCUACAGCAAGGCGGUGAGCUUUGACCGUCUGGAGGUGAGUGAGGAUGAGAGCGACAGGGACGACAAUAGGAUGAUGGCGAUGACCCCAGACACCAGCCGGUCAGACUAUCUGGACGACCCUUUGCUGCCCUCACUGACCACUGAGCUGACCGCCAGCGAACUGCUGCUCAACAAGAUGUUCCAUGAUGAGGAGCUAGAGCGGUCGGAGCGGUUCUAUGUGGGCCAGCCCCUGGUGCUCCAGUUGGUCUAUGCCCUGUAUAACAUGCUGGUGGCCCACUCUGAGAUGGUGUGUUACCUAGUCAUCAUCCUCAACAACAUGCUGUCAGCCUCCUGCGUCACCCUGGUCCUCCCCAUCCUCAUCUUCCUCUGGGCCAUGCUGUCAGUACCUAGACCCAGUAAGAGGUUCUGGAUGACUGCCAUCGUAUACACUGAGGUCACCAUCGUCAUCAAGUAUUUCUUCCAGUUCGGCUUUUUCCCCUUCAACCAGAACCCGAAGGUGGACGUGAAUAAACCCUACCACCCUCCAAACAUCAUCGGAGUGGAGAAGAAAGACGGAUACGUCGUCUACGACCUCAUACAGCUUCUGGCGCUCUUCUUCCACAGGUCCAUCCUGAAGUGUCAUGGUCUAUGGGAUGAAGACAACCUUAAGGACACCAAGAAGGAGAUCCUCCGCAGGGACACUGAGUCAGAGGACGAUGAGAGGAGGGAGAUGGAGGCCACUCCCGUCCCUUCCACCCCCCGCGAGAGGAAGGGGUCCACACAGACCCUCAGGUCUAUAAACCUGGGCAUGGGCACCUCCGUGGACUCUGUACACGUCCCCAUGCACAACCCCCAGCAACAGCAGCAGACCUACCAGAGAAGAAAGAGCUCCAGUGGAGGGUCUCAUAUCUCCCACCGCUCAGUCCACUCAGUACGCUCCAAGAGAGUCUCUGUUGGGAAACACUCAGCGGGAGCAGACAUCACGUCGUCCCUGUCGGAGGACCAGGUUCCCGGAGCCUUCCUGGUGAUGGUUCUGAUCCAGUUUGGGACCAUGGUGGUGGACCGGGCCCUGUACCUCAAGAAGACAGUGCUGGGGAAGGUCAUCUUCCAGGUGAUCCUGGUGUUCGGGAUCCACUUCUGGAUGUUCUUCAUCCUGCCCGGAGUCACUGAGAGGCGUUUCAAUGAGAACACAGUAGCCAAGUUAUGGUACUGUAUCAAGUGUAUCUACUUUGGGCUGUCAGCCUAUCAGAUCCGCUGUGGCUACCCCACCAGAGUCCUGGGUAACUUCCUCACCAAGAGCUACAACUAUGCCAACCUCUUCCUGUUUCAAGGGUUCCGUCUGAUCCCGUUCCUGACUGAGCUGCGUGCGGUGAUGGACUGGGUCUGGACCGACACCUCUCUGUCUUUAUCCUCUUGGAUCUGUGUGGAAGACAUCUACGCUCACAUCUUCGUCCUCAAGUGCUGGAGGGAGUCAGAGAGGAGAUACCCCCAGCCGCGGGGCCAGGCGAAGAAGCCGGUGGUGAAGUAUGGGAUGGGAGGGAUGAUCGUCAUGCUUCUGAUCUGUAUCAUCUGGUUCCCUCUACUCUUCAUGUCUCUGGUCAAGUCUGUGGUGGGGGUGGUCAACAAACCACUGGACGUCUCCUUCUCCAUCACCCUGGCCGGGUUCCAGCCCAUCUUCACAAUGAGUGCUCAGCAGAACCAGCUCAGAGAAGUCUCCAACCAUGAAUUCCAUAACACAUUCAUGAGGUCAUACCUCAGCGACCCUGAAGCAAUGCAGUGGUUGGAAUCCUACAUGCCAGAGGACCUGACCAUAGCUGAGUUGGAGGGCAGCUCUAACAGUCUGUGGACCAUCAGUCCUCCCAGUAGAACGAACAUCAUGAAGAUGCUCAGCUCCAAGGAGCAGUUCCCCAUCACUGUAGCUUGGUCUAUCCAACGGAACCCGACUCUGGGAGCGAAGGCUGAGUUUUCUACGGGGAAGAAAGUGAUGUUUCUGGAUGAUAAGACCAAGCUGGAGCUGUUCCUACUGCUCAAUGGGACCAGAAAAGACGGAGUGGUGAUAAAACAUGGCUUCCAACGGUAUCUCCGAGCCCCUACUGACUCUGAGGCCAAACCCAUAGAACAGCUGUCUACAGAGGAAGUAUCCAUCACUUUGGCAUUGGAGCGUUUACAUAACGACUCAGAGGGGGUCCAGGAGUGGUGGAUCGUGAACCAGACUAGUCCGGGAAAGAUCAACGUUCGUAGUCCCAAGAAUCUGUACAACGCUGGGCUGGAGCUCUAUGUCUUCAGCGAUCAGGUCAGCCCUCCUAGUCUGGGCUUUCUGGCUGGAUACGGGAUCAUGGGUCUGUACGCCUCCGUGGUGCUCGUCAUCGGUAAGUUCGUCCGUGAGUUCUUCAGCGGUAUCUCCCACACCAUCAUGUUCGAGGAGCUGCCCAACGUAGACCGCAUCCUGAAGCUCUGCACCGACAUCUUCCUGGUCCGAGAGACGGGAGAGCUGGACCUGGAGGAAGACAUGUACGCUAAACUCAUCUUCCUCUAUCGCUCGCCUGAGACUAUGAUCAAAUGGACCAGGGAAAAGACUCAGUGAGCUUGGCUGUAAAAGGCUAGAAGUUUCAAUCCCCUUUCAAUGUGGAUAGAAGUUUAAAAGUAUUAACCUCCCACUGGUCUCUGGGAUGUUGAAGUUAUGGAUGGACUCGAU